AUGGAUAUUGAUAUUGCUUGUGUCACAAAGAGUGAAAAAAAGCUGAAGCCUGAGGAAGAGCUUGAUCCUGAAGAGAGGGACAACUUCCUCCAACAGCUUUACAAGUUUAUGGAAGACAGAGGUACUCCUAUCAAUAAACCACCUGUUUUGGGCUACAAGGACCUCAAUCUCUUCAAACUUUUUAGACUGGUUUAUCAGCAGGGUGGGUGUGACAACAUUGAGAGUGGUGCUGUAUGGAAGCAAAUUUAUAUGGACCUUGGCAUUCCUAUUUUGAACUCGGCUGCUUCCUACAAUGUAAAAACUGCUUAUAGAAAGUAUCUUUAUGGUUUUGAAGAGUACUGCCGUUCUGCAAACAUUCAGUUUAGGACCAUCCAUCACAAUGAACCAAAAGUGGUAGAAGACAUACAGACACACGUGGAACCAAUGGAGGAAGGUGUGAAAGAGGAACAAAAAAUGCCCCCAACAGAAGUUAAAAAAGAAGCAGAAGAAAAUUAUUCCAGCAGUGAAAGUGAAAAAGAAGAAAUAGAACUAAGAUCCCCAAGGGGACGAAGACGACUUGCCCGUGAUGCAACCCCUGCUAAAAAAGAUAGUGAAGAGGAUAAAACACAAGACAAAUUAAAAGACAGUAACAAAGAAAACAAAGAUAUAGAGGAAAUACCUGAGAAUGCAGAAAAGAAAGAAAAUGAAACUCCAUUAGGGAGGAAAAGUACACCAAAGCAAAAAGAGAAGAAAAUUAAAAAGCAGGAGGAUUCUGAUAAAGAGUCAGACGAAGAGGAAGAGAGGCAGAGAGAGAGAGAGGAAAUUGAGAACAAAGGAGAGUCAGAAGGUGAAGAGGAUGAGGAGGACACAGAACCCUGCCUGACUGGAACCAAAGUGAAAGUAAAAUAUGGACGUGGAAAGACUCAAAAAAUCUAUGAAGCCAGUAUUAAAAGCACAGAAAUUGAUGAUGGAGAAGUUUUAUAUUUAGUUCAUUACUACGGUUGGAAUGUAAGAUAUGAUGAAUGGGUGAAAGCUGAUCGGAUUAUCUGGCCUGUGGACAAAGGAGGACCAAAGAGAAAACAGAAGAAAAAAACAAAA